AUGGCCACCGAUACCAUUCAAUCCGAAAAACCUUUUGGAGUGAGCAACAUCAAGUCUCAUGUACCGAUCACCCUUAACAUGGAAGAAUUCAACUACGAUGUGUGGCUGAAGAAGAUUUCGGAUCUGUUGUCCAACAUUGAAGCCGAUGUCUCCGACAAAGCCUUGGUGAUGCACUUGUUAAACGGUCUCAAUGAGAAGUUUGAUAACAUUGUCAACGUUAUCAAACAUAAAACACCAUUCCCGACGUUUGAAGAUGCACGAUCCAUGUUGGCCUUAGAAGAACAACGACUCUCGAAGAUAACUCGUCACCAACCAUCUCACGCCGAUCACUCCUCUGCACCAAACGUGCUAUAUACGACAAUUGAUUCUACUCCACCAACGUGGUCUCCAAAUCCACGACCUCCUCAUCACCGCGAUGGACGCCACGGAGGACGUCGUGGUCGUAACCGUGGCCGUCGAUACUACAACAACCAUCAUCCACGUGGCCAAGUAUGGAACAACACCAACUGGCCAACAUUUUGGCCUCACCCUUGGUCACACUCGUCUUAUGCUCCAGGAAUUCUUGGGCCUAAUCCUGGACAACAACCUCCUGUUCGUGCUUCCCCACCACAAUGGUCACCUCCAUCGGCUAAUACAGCCAACAUCGAACCUCAUGCGACAUCAUUGGCUCAUGCUCUCAACACGAUGACUUUGCAAAACCUGGCAGACAAUGCUUGGUACAUGGACAGCGGUGCAACGGCCCAUCUUACAAAUCAGCCAGGUAACCUUCGAACCGUUUUUAAUUCGAGCAUUAAUCCCUCUGUCACCGUUGGUGACUUUAGUUACCACUCAUCAAACCGGACAUACAACCCUUUCUUCCUCCUCACGUAA